GCUGGGCAGGUAACGGCCCAAGCCAGCGGACACCCGGGACGGCGCUGCCGGGAGCAGCGGCAGGAGCGGGGCCCGUUCCUGCGGCACGAGGCGGGGCCGGUACAGGGAGCGCUGCGAGGGGCUGCGGACACCGGGGAACGGGGCUGCGGACACCGGGGAACGGGGCUGCGGACACCGGGGAACGGCGCCGCUGCCGCUGAGGCUCCUGCGUUCUGGCAGCGCAGCGCGGAGCCCAGGAUGAAAACCUGGAGCUCCUUGGCUCUUUGGCUGCAUUUCCUGCUUGUUGUGAUGUUAAUUGCGCAACUCCCACCCCAAAUGAAUGCAGGCUUUCUACAUUUAGCACCAGAGGUCUUUUUAAGGCAAAGGGGAGGGAUUUUCGUGAAAGACCGUGACAAAGCUGAAGGUAGGUUCAUUUUACCUCAACAUCCACAAACUUUGUACUGUUGUCAUGCGAAUAACUCCACAGUUACCCCUGGCCUACAAAAUGCUGCCUGCGAGCUGCUGGAGUGUUGUACCCGCUGCUUCUCACCACAGCGAUCCUCUGUGGCCCGAGUUGUCUCCAUUUGCCUCCUGUCCAAAGCCAAGCUGGAUCUCAAGUGACUCGCAGGAGCAAUUUAGCUUAAAAUACUUGCUGCUGGAUCCCUGGCCCUAGCUGCUCUGACAGUGCUGCUGCUGUGGACACAACCAUGCACGUCUGCAGUGUCAGACCAGUGAUGACUCCAGGUUAAAAAUAAUCCCUGUCAGGUGCAAGUUUUCGGCUGUUCUUUUUAAAAUCUGAGCUUAGUUCCCUCAUCCAGCUCAGCUGUGUAGACAAGCUGUUUCAGAGCAAGGAAGAAGGGCAGGGGGUGGGAGGCAGUAGUCAGACCUGGGCUGCAUCACCUCCAGGGCUGUUUUAUCCAGCCUGAGUCCCCAGCCACAGCACAAGUAAUGGUCUGGAGGGAAAGAGGAGCAGAGCAGUGUCCUGAGCAGUGUCCUUCUUCUGGACAGACCCAGCCCAUCCCACAGGCCAAGGUCAUAAAUGGAAGCUGACACUUUUAGAGCAUCUGGCACUGCAUGUGGCCAUUCCCUGGUGGGUGGCACAUCUUUACAUUAACACACAAAUAAGAAAUUAUUCUGUGAAGCAAUUAUUAUUGUUACCAAGCAUGAAGGGAGCUUAUAAUUCCCAGUUAGGAAGUUACAGACUUUAUUGGCGCAGUUGGUGACUACCCUGAACAAUUUAGAAUGGCUUUGAGGCUCUGGGCUGGGCAGGCCCUUGGCCGUGCUGACUCCCUGCACCAGAGCAGGGCUCCUGGGAUGGUCCUGGAUCCAUACUGGGACCAGGACAGCAGAGCUGGUCUGCAGGUGAGGAGUCAGCAACCCUGCUGUGAGCUCGUUUGCUGCAGAUGGCGUUUGGAUGCACCACCUUCAGCCUGGUGGCACACCAGGGGGGGUUCAGCGCAGCCUAUGGUACCUUCUGCAUGUUUGUCUGGACCUUCUGUUUUGCCAUCACUGUCUUCAUCCUCACCUGCGAGUUCACGCACCUGCACAGCUGCCUGAGCAUCUCCUGGGGGAACUUCACCGCUGCUUUUGCCAUGCUGGCCACGCUCAUGUCCGUCACGGCUGCCGUCAUCUACCCGCUGUACUUCGUCCAGCUGGACUGCUACCCCAUCGGCUGCGAGGUGAGGGAUUUCCGCAUCGCAGCCAGCGUCUUCGCAGGCCUCCUCUUCUUGGCCUACGCUGCCGAGGUGUUCUUAACCAGGGCAAAACCGGGACAAGUCACCAGCUACAUGGCCACUGUCUCUGGGCUCCUGAAAAUUGUCCAGGCCUUCGUGGCCUGCAUCAUCUUUGGGGCGCUGGUGAAUGACAGCCAGUACAGCAAGUAUGUGGCGAUGCAGUGGUGCGUGGCCGUCUACAGCUUCUGCUUCGUGGUGACGGUGGUGGUGGUGGCCUUCAGCGUCACUGGCAAGACUGCCCUGCUGUGGUUCCCCUUCGAGCGCUCCGUGGUUGUCUACACCCUGGGGGCCGUGCUGCUGUACGUCAGCGCAGCCGUCAUCUGGCCAGUGUUCUGCUUCGACAGCAAGUACGGCUCCCCCCGGCGCCCCAGCGCCUGCGCCAAGGGCCGCUGCCCCUGGGACAGCCAGCUGGUCAUCGCGAUCUUCACCUAUGUCAACCUGCUGCUCUACGUGCUGGACCUGGCGUAUUCCCAGCGCAUCCGCUUUGUCUCGCACCUCUGAGGCCCCGGCCACUGCGGGGCUGUCCCGGCGCCACCAGCACCUGCAGCCGGGGAUGCAGCAGGAGAUGGGGUGUGGGGAAGGGAGGCGAGGACUGGACACCACACAGGAGCCAUCAACUGAACUUCCAGGUCAAGACUGUCUGGAGCAGCAAGGCAGUGACCUGCAGGGGCUGCGGUGGGCACGGGGAGAGCCCACCCGCCUGGUGCCCCAGCUCGGAACACGCACAGGAGUCUUCCCUCUGCAGCAGCAC